UGUGUGCAUGCGUGUUUGUCCGAGUGAGAGAGUCGAAAUAGAAAGUGAGAGAGUGGGGGGUGGGAGAGGGAGUUAGAGAGAAAGAGAAAGACAAGGAGGGGUGGGAGUGUGAGCGCGAGCGCGUGUGCUUAAGCUAGCUACUCACAGAAAAGAAGGAAUAAGAAAAUUGAAGUAGCUGCCAUAUGCUGAGGAUUUUGGUGAAUGCCUUGCUGAGGAGACACGCUCGUUUUCCCGGCAGAUCCUAAGAGAUGGGAAGCUCACAUCUGCUGAACAAAGGCUUGCCAUUAGGCAUCAGGCCUCCCAUAAUGAAUGGCCCCAUGCACCCUCGUCCUCUGGUGGCACUGCUGGAUGGGCGGGACUGUACGGUGGAGAUGCCCAUCCUGAAGGACGUGGCCACCGUGGCCUUCUGUGAUGCCCAGUCCACCCAGGAGAUCCACGAGAAGGUUUUAAAUGAAGCAGUGGGUGCACUCAUGUACCACACCAUCACCCUGAUGAGGGAGGACCUGGAAAAGUUCAAAGCACUUCGUAUAAUCGUCCGCAUUGGGAGCGGCUUUGAUAAUAUCGACAUAAAGUCUGCUGGAGACUUAGGAAUAGCAGUCUGCAACAUGCCAGCAGCUUCAGUCGAGGAGACGGCAGACUCCACCAUGUGUCACAUCCUAAACCUGUACCGACGCACCACCUGGCUGCACCAGGCUCUCCGGGAGGGCACGCGGGUCCAGAGCGUGGAACAGAUCCGGGAGGUCGCGUCUGGGGCGGCCCGGAUCAGAGGAGAGACGCUGGGGAUCAUUGGUUUAGGGCGUGUUGGACAGGCGGUGGCGCUGAGGGCCAAAGCAUUUGGCUUCAAUGUGAUCUUCUACGACCCGUACCUGUCUGACGGGUUGGAGCGAGCCCUGGGGCUGCAGAGAGUCAACACCCUGCAGGACCUGCUCUUCCACAGCGACUGCGUCACCUUACACUGCAGCCUCAACGAGCACAACCACCAUCUCAUCAACGACUUCACCAUCAAACAGAUGCGUCAGGGCGCCUUCCUCGUGAACACGGCGCGUGGCGGUCUGGUGGAUGAGAAGGCUCUGGCCCAGGCUCUGAAAGAGGGCAGAAUACGGGGAGCAGCCCUGGACGUCCAUGAGACAGAGCCCUUCAGUUUCAGCCAAGGUCCUCUUAAAGACGCGCCCAACCUGAUCUGCACCCCUCACGCGGCGUGGUACAGCGAGCAGGCCUCCAUUGAGAUGCGUGAGGAGGCGGCGCGGGAGAUCCGUCGAGCUAUUACCGGUCGCAUUCCAGACAGCCUGAAGAACUGCGUCAACAAAGAGUUCCUCACACAGACCACGCACUGGGCCGGCAUGGACCCUACUGUUGUUCAUCCAGAACUCAAUGGAGCCUACAGGUACCCCCCAAGCGUCGUGAGCCUUGCUUCAGGGGGUCUGCCUCCUCCAGUGGAGGGCAUCAUGCCAAGCACCGUGCCCAUCACCCACAGCCUGCCCACCGCAGCCCACCCUCCGCACGCCCCGUCACCCGGCCAAACCGGCAAACCCGAACCCGACAGAGAGCAGCACCCCAACGAACAGUUGUAGCCCCCUCUUCAAAGGCUCUCCGUACCACUAUAGAACUCUCCUGGUCCUUCUUUAACCCAAAGAAGAGGAGCGGAAACAGGCUCCCGGGCUCAGAACCAGCCACUAAAAACAACCACGACUCUGAAGUAGCCAACUCUUGACUGAAGGUGGUGGACUGCGCUCUUUGAAGUAACUAGUGGGAAAAAAACAACAACAAAAAAAGAGAAAAUCUUGUGGAUUUGAAACUUCUCCCUGAUGCAAAACCCUGCUGUUUUAGAUUGUAGUCUGUCCAAGUGCAGUGGGCGAUCUUUUAUCUGUUAUUUUGUCUGUCUAAUGGGUUUCAUGGUUAAAACAACAGUAACUAUUACAUGAAUGUAACCUGUUUGUGUACAGUUUUUAGGACAUGAUAAAUAGUUUGUAGACGAGAAAGAAAAAUAGAAACCGCAUUAAGGGAGGCAUCUUACCACCUGAUUAUAGAUACGAUAACAAAAAGCAUAUUCGUUUCGCUCAUUUGAUUUUAAAAGCACCAAAAGAGGCGGGAUUUGCACACCCUCUCAGGAAAAUUUAUUUCCCCCCCUCCCUCCCUUCCUAUUAAAUUAAACCACAUAGUGCAUUGUUUUUUGUACCCAUUUGUCUUUUAUAGUCUAAAUUUCAGUACAGUACUUUAAAGAACUACACUCAGUAUGUUUUUAUUUUUGGAGCAUGUAUUACUUUAUGUGUUAAAGGUUAAAAAGAAAACAGAAAAUGUUCAAUUUUUGAGCAAAAAGAAAAAAACUAAACAAAUUUGUCUUGUGCAAAGCUGGCGUAAUGCUUGCCUAUUUGUGUGUGACUUGAUUGUACCGUGUUUUUCGAGGAUGCCGGGAUAGUUGCAGCUCUCCAUCGCCUACAUAGAUUCCUUCCUGGUAAAGUGGUAGGCUAGCAAUAUACAUACUAUAUAUACUAUGAGAUAUUAAUAUUUUUCGUUAAACAGAAUCCAAAAAGAAAUGUUUGUGACUGUAUGCAUUUGUAUGAAUUAUUUUAAAUGAAAUAAAAGUCCGAACGACUUUUAAACGA